AUGGCCAACCGACGAAAGUCUGCUGAACCCCUUCCGGACGAGCCCGAAGACGUUGUCUCCCCGUCGCAGCCACGAGAUUCCACAUUCCUCGACGGUCCACCACAAAUUCCAUUAAGCAUCACGCCCGCGUCUCCCAUUGAUUGGUUUUCAAACCCGGACCUUAAGAGGUCACGGACUAGUGAUUUGGAUCAGAUCCUGCAGCCAGACACAUCAGCUUCGUCCACACCUGCUCCAGGCAGUCGAGAUAGCUCCCGGCCACAGCUGGAGCAUGUCAUGGCAAUACCAACCGACGGCGGCACACCUGUUACUCCUAUCGUGUCUGGACUUGCUCCGAGCCCAGCGAUCUCGGCCCUAGAUAGCGAGCAAGAGCACCGCGAAGAUGAUGGCAUGCCCAGCCGUUCAAUCAGCCAGUUGACCAGACCUACCGAUCAAUCACCUGUUGAAUCGCCGCAUCGAGCUGUGGACCAGAGUAUCAGCCAGAGGGAAAGCACUGCAACUCAACCCCAGGCAAUCGCCGCUGAGCCUCAUGGUCUGGUUGCGCAUGCUCUCGCUGCACCAAAGCCUUUUACGGAGCACCAUGACGGGUCAACAUCGGAUGUUCACUCCAGUGAUCGGAGCCUGCAAGUACCCCAACACCGACGCCGGUCAGUCAUCUCGGAUGUGUCCAGUGCUAGUCCCAGUCCUGGAUCCGGUGCUGGACAGCAAUAUGCCAGAAGGAGCGUAUCUCUAUCACCUGCCGACGAGAAACUAGUCGAUCCAAUACCUGGCCCUCAUGAAGAACAGGGAGCCCGGCCUGCAAAGCCACCCCAGUUGACUGCAACAGCAACAGCAGUGAAUCAACCCACUCUCGGUGCUGAGGACCACCCAAAAGAGACUUCGACAGCGGACUUCCCUCUCCAUGCACAAGAUUCAAAACCAGGUGUCGAGGCAAUAGAGCAACGUUCUAUAAUUGAACCACUAACCCAGCAGCCCCCAGUGCAGCAAGGCCGCGAAAAAUACACUCCUGGCCAACAUCGGCCUUUCUCAUUCGCGGGUAUUGAAGGUAUCGGUGCAAUCCACCAGUCAGAGCAGAUCCAGGAGCCAGAUCUCAACAGGAUCCCAUCACAGCCAAUGAGUCCCAUAAGCCAGGGCCAAAGCAGUGCGGGCUUGAGUAAGGAGAUGUCACAAGUCAGUGUCGAAGAGGUUACGGAUCAGGCGAAUUUACCAGGUCAAAGACAGUCGAGGUCAUAUUCCAGAACUUUCGGUGUUGAUCUGAAUGUCGACAAUCACCCAGCUCUACGUGCAGCUGAGCUCCAGCAGCCUCCAAUGAAUCGUGCUCAGAUGCCCUCUUCUCAAAGCCCUUUACCUAGUGCAAGGCGACCUCAAGAAGAGCUUGACCGUCUACGUCAGCAGCAAAAGGGACAGCAACAGAAUACGGCAAUACAUCAACGGCAGUCAUUCAUGGAAGAGGAAUAUCGUAUUCCGGGCCCAUACGUGCAGGAAUAUCGUUCGCCAAAACAAAUAUCUGCACCAAGGAACGGUCGAAGUAAUGUUCAAGUACUAGCCAGUGGAACGCCACUACCGAGUGCACUCAGGUCUCAGCAAUAUUCGGGUCAGGCCCCUUCCCAGCCUCGUCCUGGGUCGAACUCAAACGUCUCGGUGGAAAGACUAAAUCGUCAGAGUUACCAGGAGCAGUCCCCUUACAUGUCUGGCCCUAGUGCUCCUAUUGGGUAUGAUAUGAAGCCCAGAGAAUUUCUGAACCAUCUUGGUGGCCAGCCGAUGCAUCAAUAUCGUCAAUCAAUGGGUCCAUCUCCUGUUCCCGCCGUACAGCCAGUGUCUUCACAACCGGCAUUUCCGGGCGCGCAAACAGAACGAAAGAAGAGUACACUUGGAAAGCUUUUCGGAGUCGGCUCGCAUUCACGCUCGAAGCUCCAAAAAUCAGGUAGAGUCGGAAGUCCGCUCGACAAUGCAGAGAUGAUGCAGAAGGAGAAGCGUGGUAGCUUCCUGCGCCGGAAUGACAGUAUCUCGUCAGAGCAAAGUAGCCAACACAGCCACCAGGAUCAGCUUGGGCAACUUCCUCCGUCGAAUAUUCCAUCUCAGUCUGCAAGGCGGCUGUCCAAAGACGUUCUUCGAGCUCCCACACCAGAAAGCACAGAGGGCAAGAAGAAGAGAUUUUCAGGGCUUGGAGGCAAACUUUUCAAGAGCAGCAGCAGCAGCAACAACAACACACGGGCCGCCACAGCACCCACUCCCUCUUUACAGACCAAAGCACUUGAGCAACAAAUUACCACUCAACGUGUCAUAUCCCCUGAGCCAAUUUCCGCACAAACACAGCGUGUCAUGUCCCCCGAGCCAUAUUCUGCGCAAACUCCCUAUAGCCAGAACCCGGCUGGACCUGGUGGCUAUUUCCAUCAAGGGCCUGGACUGUCACAACACCCUCAUUCUACAUAUCCACUAAGUCAAAAUCCAUCUCAACCAUCUCAAUAUCCGAGAGGAGCAUCUCCAUAUCAUCACCAGUCAGGACUAACCAGUUAUCCCUACCCAGGACAAAUUCCUCAAUCCCCGCUACAAGGUCAUCAACAGCCUGGGGGAUCAUAUCCGUCCACUACAUAUCCCUACUUAAACCCCACCCAAAGUCGGCCAUCCGAUCUUCGCAUUGACACAAGUAGUGGAAACCGUAAUCAGUAUUACGCUCCCGCUACUGCCCCAGCAGAAGGUUAUCCUCGGCCGACUUCCUUCGCUUCUGCUCCGUACAAUCCAAACCCAAGUCCUGGAAUGACAAACACAGCUGGAUCUACCUCACCUCCUCUCGGGCAACCAACACCCCCAUCUCAACGAGACCCUCGCCACCAUGUUAUCGACCUCCACAAACGUUCACGCUCACCACGACUCGGACGCCCCGGCUCCGAUGACCUAGACUCCAACCAGCAUCAAGGCCAUCAAAAUAUUAGCGUUAACAACACGCUCGGUACAUUCAGCUCCAAGAAAAUCAGCCCCGUGGGUGGCAUCGCACGCCCCGAGGAUGAUCAGGAAAGGCCCUUUGCAAUCACAGUGCCUGGGCUCGAAGACGACGCAAACGAGCGGCGAAAGAAGCAGCUACUUAGGGAGCGGAUUGAAAGCGGGACAGCGAGGAGCGAGACGCCCGUCAGCGUCGAAUCUGGUACUCAGCCUGCGCAAAUCAAUACCAACACAAGUCAGGGGUUGGAACGCAACGUUUCAGUUCUGGACGGAUCUCAUAACCCAACCUCGCCACGAGAAGCGCGUCGCACUAGUGCCAGAGACAAAAGUACGCCCGGAAUCAUUGCAGAAUUACCAGGGUCAAAGGCAGAGGGAUAUGAAUCGGAAGAAGAGAUCCCAAUGAGUGCCACUGCGUAUCCGGGACAGGAGUGGAUGCCAGCGUUUGUAGGCGAUGACUGA